AUGAAAACGAUUGAAGUGAAGUUAGGCCAGUUUGAUUUUGACGAUGGAGGGUCGUACGUGGGUGGGUGUGACGGGGGCAAGGCAAAUGGUUUCGGUGUGUGCACUGGACCCAUGGGCCAAGGGGAGUUCAGUGGAUUGUGGCAGGGAGGUUUUGAGAUUAGCGGAGUUUUUACUUGGGCGAAAGAUAACAAAUAUGCAGGACAAUGGAUGCAAGGUAAACGUCAUGGCUUGGGAGUUGAAAACAAAGGACAUUGGUUAUACAUGGGUGAAUGGACACAAGGUGCUAUGGGCAGAUACGGAGUUAGAAAAAGCACUAAAUCUUCAGCUAAGUACGAAGGAACAUGGACUCAGGGUUUGCAAGAUGGUUAUGGCUUAGAAACUUACGCAGAUCAAGGAACUUACCAAGGACAAUGGUUAAAAGGAGCGAGACAUGGGUAUGGAGUUCGU